GAUAAUUCCGGGAAAAUGAAAGUGAUAAAAUGGAAAAACGAGGGCCACUCAACCGAGGAAGCCCAAAAGGCUCAUACCAGAUUCCAACCUCUUCUCCAUUCUUGAAUCCACCAUGUCCAUGUCCAUCGCUUUCGCCCCCACUGCCAAAUCUCUUAGUCCGGUUCGUGCAACGACUUCCUCUUCGAGCAUCAGGCAAAAUGCCUUUCCCUCGUCUUCUCCUUGUUCGUCGUCCUUCACCUUCAGUAACAUCAGCAUGGUUCGGUUGAGGAACCGGAGAAAGCCGUUGACGAUCAAGUACGGCGGCGGCGGGUUGCUGAUGGAGAUUGAUGAAACCCAGUUCUCCGAUGUCGUUUUGAAGUCUGAGCGCCCGGUCCUCGUGGAGUUCGUCGCCACUUGGUGCGGUCCUUGCCGGUUGAUCGCCCCUGCGAUUGAAGCACUUGCUCAGGAAUAUGAAGACAAACUGAUGGUUGUGAAAAUUGACCAUGAUGCUAAUCCUCGACUAAUUGAGGAAUACAAGGUCUAUGGAUUGCCAACAUUAAUCAUCUUCCAAAAUGGGCAAGAAGUGCCAGAGAGCAGGAGGGAAGGUGCCAUCACUAAAUUUAGGCUUAAAGAGUAUGUUGAUAAAUUUUUGGAGUCAAUAUCGGUUGUUUAGCGUUCUCAGCUGCCAGCUAUCCUUGAUGAUAUGCCACUACAGAGAUGUGAUAUUUCUUUCAAUGCCCAAAACGUGUGUGUAGAAUGAAUCACAUUUGGAAUUCAUUUUAUUUAUUUGAGAUGUGUCCAUAGGUAGAGACUGCAAUUAUACUACUAUACCUUGUAUACCUUGACCCGUUUCGGGGAUCAAGAUAUUUUCCUCCUUUCACGAUAUAACUUUUACUUCCUUUUACAAAAAAAUACAGGCCUUGACCUACUUACGAUUAGGGCUGCAAACGAGCUGAGUCG